UUAGUGAUUAGAACCUACCUUAAUGGAUUGAUUGAGUUCACUUUUAUCCCGUCUGAGUAUUAAUGCUUACAGUGGUUGACCCGACCAAAGUUUUUAGUACUUGCCACGCUUCAUCCUGAUGUCUCUUUGCUAGAUGCAUACGCCAUUGACCAGUAAAAGGGAUUUUUCUUUCAACACAAUGAACACGUUUUGCUGAUCAAUGUCAUUUUCCUUUCUUUCCAAUUGUCCUCUGUCGAAAAUUAAUGAAGAUAGUAAUAUCAUUCUUAUCAUUUCUAUGAAUUUUCCAACCAAAAUUAGUUGGUAGUUAGUCAAACUUUUGUUCUCUUUCUAGGUGCUUUCUUAAGAAAUAUGAUAGCAUGAAUUGUAUUGUUUAGUUUAGUUUAGUCAAGCUUGACGCCGUUCUUGCAGCUAAUUUACUCUUCCCUGCAACUCCAUUUGCCGUCCCAGAACAAUGUCCAUGAAUAUGAAUACCUGUAGCUACUUUCUGAACACAUUUUGGAUUCUAUUGAUCAUUCGAUCAUCACUUUUGAUCAACGCUGAAAUCGUAGACUUCCCAUCAUUUAUCAAUGCCCCGAAUUCCUGGAACGCCGUCUUAUCUGACUUAAAUUUCUGGGAGAAAGCCGGUGUGAAGCCGAUCCUUGUCAAUGGGAUGUUUGUCUGUGGCUUUCACUGCAGCUUUGUAGGUGAGAGUUGCCUAUUUGCUGUUUCCAUCUUCAACAACAAUUCUGGUAGUAGUAUUUCCAGCUUUUCUCCUCAAGUUGUGUGGUCCGCUAAUCGAAACAAUCCAGUUAAGUAUCAGGCACUAUUGCAGCUCACUCCAGAAGGUAGUCUUGUCUUGAAAGAUGGCGAUGUUGUGGUUUGGUCCCCGAACACAGGCAAGUCUGUUUCAAGUUUAAACUUAAGUGCAGAGGGAAACCUCAUGCUGUUUGACAAAACCAGCAAGAUGGUUUGGCAGUCAUUUGACCACCCAACAGACUCUUUAGUUCUUGGUCAAAGGCUAGUGUCCGGGCAGAAGUUGAGGGCAAAUGUAUCGCAAUUCAAUUCAAGUGAAGGUUUGUAUGCAUUUGCACUCAUCGAUGGUCGAUUCACUGCUUACAUGGAUGUAUAUCCUUCCCCAAUGUAUUACAGAUCGCUUUAUUUGGAAGAAAGCAAUUCAGGGCUAUUUUACGCUGAAUUUCAGACGGCAAUGUUUGGGAAUCUCUCCGUGCCAGACUCGGCUAAUUUUAUACAGUUGGGGAGUGACGGUUACUUGAAGGCAUUUCAAUGGAGAAAUUCGAAAUGGGAGGGGAUUGAUCUAUUCCGAAUUAGUCGAUGUAGUUAUCCACUGGCAUGUGGAAAAUAUAGCGUUUGUGUAGAAGGGAGAUGCAGUUGCCCUGAUUUUCCAACUCAAAACCAAGCAACUUAUUUUACGCGAAAAAAUUCUACAGCACUGGAUCUUGGUUGUUCUGCAAUUUUACCAAUUUCUUGUGAGCUUUCUCUCCAUCAGAGUUUUCUCAAGCUCCAGGACAUCGAUUAUGUACCAUUCAGAUAUCUCAGUAUUCCCAUCAGUAAUGAUACUAUCAAGAGUAUAGAAGAUUGUAAGGAAGUCUGUUUAAAGAACUGUUCUUGCAAAGCUGUGAUACAUAUAUAUGGUUACUGCUAUAUUCUAUCUGAAGUAUUGUCCCUCAAGAUGUAUGAUCCUAGUAAUUAUGAUUCUUACAACACCUCUGUUUUUAUAAAGGUGCAGAAUUUUCCAAGUGCACAGAAUCCUAACAACAAUCUUUCACCACGAUUGGCAAUUAUUCUGGGCUCAACUCUUGGAGGUAUCUCUGUCGUGUUUCUUAUAUGCACUUUCUAUUUUAUAAGAAUUAAAAAAGGGUUUAAAGAAGUUGAGGAGGAUUUUCUGGAUAAUAUAUCGGGAAUGCCAACUAGAUUUUCUUCUGAAGAGUUGAAGAAUGUCACGAAGAAUUUUAGCAACAAACUCGGUGAAGGAGGAUUUGGGUCCGUUUUUCAAGGAACAUUACGUUCGGGUUCUGAAGUUGCAGUGAAGUAUCUUGAUGGCUGUGGUUCAGUCAAGAAAUCUUUCAUAGCAGAAGUUCAGACUAUAGGAAGUAUUCACCAUUUCAAUUUGGUGAGUUUGGUUGGAUUUUGUGCUGAAAAAUCUGCUAGGCUUUUAGUCUACGAGUACAUGAGUAACGGGUCACUGGAUCAAUGGAUCUUCCACAAAAAUCACGAGCUUGCUCUUGGUUGGAAAACUAGAAAGAAAAUCAUUUUAGAUAUAGCUAAGGGACUAGCUUAUCUUCAUGAAGAAUGCAACCAAAAGAUAAUUCACUUAGACAUCAAGCCACAAAACAUCCUUUUAGAUGAGAAUUUCAAUGCCAAAGUUUCCGAUUUUGGAUUAUCUAAGCUAAUUGGAAGAGACCAAAGCGAAGUCAUAACAACUAUGAGGGGAACGCCUGUUAUGGCUCCUGAAUGGUUAAGCUCAGUCAUCACAGAGAAAGCAGAUGUCUAUAGCUUCGGUAUUGUGGUCCUAGAGAUUCUGUGCGGGCGAAAAAAUGUGGAUGGAUCUCAACAGGAGGAAGAAAGGCAUUUACUGAGUCUUUUCAGGAGAAAGCAAGAAGAAGGGCAGCUUAUGGAUCUUGUGGAUAAGUGCAGCGAAGAUAUGCAAGCAAAUGCAGCUGAAGUCAUGGAGAUGAUGAAGGUUGCUACAUGGUGUUUACAAAAUGAACAUGCCAGGAGGCCUCCCAUGUCCACAGUGGUGAAGAUUUUUGAGGGUUCAGUUGAUUUUGUUGGUACCUUGGACGGCGAAUUUCUAAACGAAUUGACAGCACCUGAAGCUGUGGAGACUUUUGCUUCAACAGCUUUACCGUCAAUCUUAUCUGGGCCAAGGUGAAGAUCUUGGAGAUCUUCAAUAUAAUCCAUGAAGACGGGAUGUAAGCCAAGGUAAGUUCCCAAGCACUUUUCCUAUCCUAUUUGCUGUUGAAGUGUAGAAUUUUUCCUCUGCUGAAGUUUGUUUUGUUUCAUGUAAUAUUUCAUCCCACCUUUUGUGUCCCAAGCAAAGAUGUUUACUUCGUUUUCUCGACAAUUACAUUAAAAUCCUCGAAAUUUGAAUGAAUGAAUGAAUCAUUUCAAGUUUCCAGGUUUUUUUUUUUUUUGUUUGAAGAUUUCGAAUUUCAAGUUCUAAAAUGACCUAUUAAGUGUAUAAAAUUAAUUUCAACUGAACAUUAGCUUAGAUCACAUACAUAUUAGAGAUGAUAGCUAACAAUAAGCAAUUGAGGUCAAGGUUAAAGGGAAUGAGAAAUGAAGUGAAGAAGUUCAUUUUCUCAGUGCUUUCUUAAAAGAGAUUUAGUGUGGUGUGACAUCAGUUGUGGAAUGUAGGCCAAUCCUUUUUGCAGAUCUAAUUUCCCAUUGUAAAGCCAUAGCCAUAUUAAUUUUACUCACUCCUCUUAUUCCAUAUAUAUUAUUGGCAUAAGGUUUUAAAAAAUUUUCAAA